AAUUGGUAAUCUAAUCUAAUUGUUAUUGCUAUAUUAAAUCAUUUUUAUUAUCUUAUUUCUAAAAUGAAGUUGGUGGCGACAAUUGGCAUAAUUUUGCAAGUUGUGCAGCACCUCUCAGCACAAGACUGUCUCAGCAGAAAUUACGGUAAUGGCGGAACAGUCUGUGUAUGCAAUUCCGAUCAUUGCGACACCAUCGCUCCUAUCAAAAAGCUUGAAGGAACUAAAUAUGUCAAGUUUACGUCUAAUAAAGCAGGUUUAAGGUUCCACAAGGAAGAAGGCAGUUUUACAAAAGAGGGUUCAGAUGUUAAAAAUGUUAUUACUGUUGGAACUAAAAUGUUUCAAGAAAUAAUUGGUUUUGGAGGAGCCUUUAGUGAUUCUACCGGUAUAAAUAUUAAAUCGUUAAAUGCAGACCUACAAGAUAAAUUGAUUAGAUCAUAUUUUUCGGAUGAAGGUAUUGAAUACAGUGUUGGAAGAGUACCUAUUGGAGGUACAGACUUUUCUAUUAAAGGUUACUCAUACUGUGAUACUGAAAAUGAUACUGUUGAUCUAGAAUUGAAUAACUGGAAAUUAGCAUCAGCAGAUACUGAUUAUAAGAUUCCAUUAAUUAAAGAAGCUUUGAAAUUGAGAAACAACGAAUUUGAUUUACUUGCAUCUGCCUGGAUUGCUCCCAACUGGAUGAAAACGAAACCUGGUUUCCUGGAAAGGCAAUCUUUCAUUAAGGAUGAAAUGUACCAAGUAUGGGCCAAUUAUUUGGUAAAAUUUUUAAUGGAGUACAACAAACAGGACAUUUCGUUUUGGGGAAUCACUACUGGCAAUGAACCACUGACGGCUUACUUACCAAAUAAAAUACCUUCUGUAGCAUGGACAGUAGACGGACAGAAAAAAUGGAUUAGAGAAAACUUUGGUCCUACUUUGAAAAAUUCCAACUUUAAUAAUACUAAAAUUAUAAUUGUUGAUGAUCAAAUACUACUUUUACCUAUAGUUCCUGAUCAGCUACUUGCCGAUAAGGAAGUAGAGAUGUAUGUAGAUGGUAUUGGUAUACAUUGGUAUCUAGAAAUUGGUGACUUCCCAGAACUUUUAGAUAUCACCCAUAAAAAUCAUCCUAAUGUAUUUAUGUUGGCCACAGAAGCGUGCAACGGCUAUGUUCUAAAUGAUGUUGAAUUAGGAAAUUGGUAUGGAGGAGAAAGCUAUGCUGACAAUAUAAUCAAGAAUUUAAAUCAUUGGGUAAUAGGUUGGAUAGACUGGAAUAUGGCUCUAGAUGUAGAAGGCGGACCAACAUUUAUUGGCAACAACGUUGAUUCUCCCAUCAUAGUUAAUGCAACAGCUCAAGAGUUUUAUAAACAACCAAUGUAUUACGCUAUGGGACAUUUCUCAAAGUUUAUUCCUAAAGGAUCUGUUAGAAUAGAGUCUUCACAAUUUAGUAAAAAUUCGGAUGUUCUAGACAUUGCUUUUCGACGACCAGAUGGCGGUACCACUGUUAUAGUAUUAAAUAAAGCCGAAAACGAUAUUUCCUCAACAGUACGAGAUCCAAGAAAAGGUGAUAUCACUAUGACUUUGACAGCUAACUCGAUAACGUCUAUCGUAUACUGGUAAAAG